ACGGUGCAGUACACGACGAAGAGCACAAGCUUCGGCGAUAGGAACCGAUCCAGCGACAUGAAGGAGCCCAGUGACAAGCUGUUCUGCUGCACGUGGCUGGGUAACAAGGUUCCGCUUACCUGCAGAGAUGAGCUGUACCACCUCCUGAGGAUGACAUCUUGAUAUAUGUGUUGAAAUCUAGCCUCUUAAUUGAGUACCAGCUACAUUUUGCAUAAAUUGGUCGUCAUGACAAAACUCUCAAAUAUCAGUAUUUCUCGUAUGUACAGGAUGAUAAAAUACUGAUUUAAUGACUACUUUCAGCAGCGAAUACCUAUACAACAUAUUGUACAUCAUACUGUAGGUGGAAUGGUGUGCUACAGCGACUGGGGCACUUUGUCUUUGCACAAUGGUUUUAAUGUUUAGGGCCAAUUCUGGACUUCUGUGGACAAUAAUAAACCUCAUCCCUCCUCCUUACAUGGUUGGUGACUAGCUUUUGUCAUAUGAGCCCUCUGCCACAGCUAAAUGCAUCCUGCUACUACAGAAAACUCUUUGUAUUGUAUUGUGGUGUGUUUAAGGUUCUUCUCGCGUUACUUGAGUAUUGAAUUUGUGAAUUGUAGUUUUGCUAUGUUUUAUCAUAGACCAUUCAGUAUUUUUAUUUGCUAGAAUAAGUUGUUUCUAUUGAUUGAUAUGGUUGUUUUACUUAAUUUCCAGACCUUGUCCUCAACAAAAUACAGUGAAAGAAUGCAUAUGAAAGCUCAUAUUGUCCUGUUUGGGAAAAAUAAUAUUGUGUAUAGUUCUGUGAAUACACAAUACAUUAUACUGAAAAAACAAACUAAUACAGUUUUGUCGGUUGAACUCCUGCAAUAUACAGUAGUUGUUUACUCCAGGGUCUAAAAGAGUACAUUCAAAUACAUUUUACACAGUUGGGUACAUGAGACCCAAACAUUCUUGCUUUCAUGUCCCUGCACUUUGUUAUGAUUGCGGCCCGUUUUCUCGUCUUUCUCUCAGUCCGUGUUGUUUCAGCUGCUCCUGGCUUUGUUCCAAGGAAGCUGAGACAACGGCCAGAUUUCCAUCCUGUAGAGCAACAGAGUUAGUACAUGGGAGAAAAGACGGAUUGUCCAGCAGAAGGACCCGCUCUGGUCCCUCAGCCCGAUGACAUGGACGGGUCCGAGGACCAGCUCCUCCGCUGCAGGUGGAUGUGCCACAAGGUUCCGCUGACCUACAGGCAGGAGCUGUACCACAUCGUGAGGAUGACGGGGCCGCUGCUUCUCUCUCGAAUCCUUAAUUACCUGCUUCCCUUUGUGGUCACCAUGUUCUGUGGGCGUUUGGGAAAUGAAGUGAUGGCUGGCUAUGGAUUAGCUUGUGCAACCAUCAAUGUGACCACAGCCGCCACAGGAUACGGUCUGGGCUUAGCAUGUGACACUUUGGUGUCUCAGACGUUCGGUGGUAAGAACCUGCUGCGGGUGGGGGUGAUCCUGCAGCGAGGCGUCAUCAUCCUGCUGCUGUUCUGUCUGCCCUGCUGGGGCCUGCUCAUGAACGCUCAGGCCAUCCUGCUAUGCGUGCGCCAGGAUCCUGAGGUGGCUCGAAUAGCCCAGCUGUAUAUCACAGCCUUCCUCCCAGCAGUGCCAGCAAUGUUUCUACAUCAUCUCCAGGUGUCCUACCUACAAAACCAGGACAUCAUACUGCCUCAGAUGUACACUGCUGCCGUGGCAAACGUAGCCAACGUGGUGACCAACUACUUUCUUCUUCACUGGCUGAAUCUGGGGGUCAGUGGAUCUGCAGCAGCCAAUGCCUUGUCUCACGUUUACAACUGUACCUUUCUGUUUGCCUACAUUUGGUGGAAGAAGCUCCACAUAGCGACGUGGGGAGGCUGGUCCCUAGAAUCACUGCAGGAGUGGGGCUCCUAUAUGAAACUAGCCAUUCCCAGCACAUUAAUGAAGUGCUUUGAAUGGUGGGUUUAUGAGCUUGGGGGAUUUUUUGCAGGGAUGCUCGGUGAAGAUGAGCUGGCGGCUCAACAUGCUGUGAUAAUGGUGGCCUUUCUAACCUACAUGUUCCCUCUUGGGGUUCAAGCUGCAACGUGUGCUCGUGUGGGCAACGCUCUGGGCGCAGGGGACAGUGACAGGGCGUUCCUCACCUGCAAGGUGUCCUUCGCACUCGCAGGUAGCUUUGCCGUUGUCGAAGGCCUUGUGCUCGGCUCUACCAGAACAGUCAUUGGCUUCAUCUUUACCCCUGAUGAGAAAAUUGUAGGUCUGGUUUCCCACUUGAUGAACGCCUACUGCUUCCUUCAGUUCUUCGAUGGUCUUGUGUGUGUGUGCACAGGCAUCUUCCUGGGCACUGGCAAACAGAAGAUACCAGCUGUGGCUAAUUUUGUUGGAUACUACUGCAUCGGCCUGUCACUGAGUGUCACUUUAAUGUUUGUGGCAAAGCUGGGAGUUUUAGGUUUUUGGCUGGGUCUUCUCGUUUGCGUCAUUUUACAAUCCACCUUCUACAUCACCAUCAUCUUCCAGCUGAACUGGGGAAGAAUGACAGAAGAGGCUGUUAAACGAGCUCGGACUAACACUCAUGUGACAUUAAGCACAGCUGAUGUGUCAGACAUGGAGGGAAGCAACUCCACCGGCCAGUCAGCAAAUCAGUCAGAGGACGGCUACAUGUCUGUGAGCACACAAGACCGUAACGGGAACAUGGAGACACAGGAUGGAAACGCGCAGCCUAAAGAUCGUGGACUCUCCACUGCUCAGCUGCUCCUCAGGCGAGGCCUCGCUGUGUUUGUAGCAGCUGCUCUGCUGGCUGUGGGAGCCAGUGUUCAUUUCCUCGUGCCUCUACCAGAGCCUCAUUAUUCAGAGGCCAACGUCACUCUGAAGUGGAUCAAUGCUACCAACGCUACUGCUCAUCACAUCUUCUCCACCGCUCUGGCACCGAAUGAAGAGUAACAAUGACUCUGAGGUUCAACAACCGGAGUGUAUUUUGUUUAAUUGUCGCUGAAGCACCAAACUCCAGCAGAUUCACUGAAUCAUUUUGUGUGUAAAUAGUUUAAAAAGCAACAUUGCGCGGUCACAGACUAGAUCGCUGAUCAUUUAACGGUUGCCUUCACGAAACCCUUUCGUUUUCUGUGCUGUCUCUGGUCUCUGCUGAUCUGCCCUUGUGCUUCAGUUCUGUCUCGCUUCCACAUCCUGCGGUGCAAGAACGCGCAUCGAGCAGAGAACACGUGGACGUACUCCAUUCGAUACAACAUAUUUUCUCACGUUAAGCCUUUGGCUCAAGUGAGCAGCAGGUUUAUAAUGAUUCCCAGGGCCAGGAUGAACAACAUGAGAGCCAGAGCAAGGCCUCUACGCAGAACCAGAGUCCUGUGGGAGAGCUGCACUGCCUCGGUGGCCACCAGCUCCAUGGUGUCUGACUGCGCCUGUGGGGAACCUGGUCAGACAUACACACAUGUCACAUCUCUGUCUAUUAUACUGUACUUGUAAAAUUAGUGAAUUUUCUUUUUGUUUAUCUUCAUUUUCAUAUCAUUAAAUACUUGAAAUGAUAAAUAAAUGCUGUCUCUACUGAUA